AUGAGUAAAACGAUUGUCUGGUUUCGGAAAUCGCUUCGAGUACACGACAACCCAGCGCUGCUUCAAGGAUCUCUGAACUGCCAGAACCUCUAUCCAAUUUUCUGCUUUGAUCCACAUUAUGUAUUUGAACGAGCUAUCGGUGUCCGCCGCUGGAUAUUCUUGCUCGAAGCUCUACGAGACCUCGAUGCAAAUCUACGUAAAGUCAAUUCUCGACUGUACGUGUUCCGAGGAGAUCCAAUAAAAGCCAUGCCAACCAUUAUGGCUGAACUUGGUAUCAAUCACAUUGCUUACGAAAUUGAUACGGAUACAGAAUACGCAGUCAUGCGUGACAAGAAGGUCGACGAAAUCGCUAAAGGUAUGGGUGUUAAAGUUACUGCGGUACUGGGCCAUACCAUGUAUGAUGCAAAGGCUGUUGCCGCCAAAAAUGGUGGUAAGCCUCCUAUGACGUACCAGAGCUUCUUAAAGGCCAUAUCAUCCAUGCCUGAUCCACCAACCCCUCUCACGAUGCCGACACGUCUACCUCCACCAGCACCAAUCGACAUGAUGUCUGAGUCAGUUCCUCUCCCUGUGCAUAAAUCGGAGCUUCCACCAACUCGAGACACGACUGAUAUUGAAGCUCAGAAGAAGCUCUUUGCAUCACUUGCUGGUCCAAAUGGCAACUUUGAUGUCCCAACAUUGGAGGAAUUGGGAUUGGUUGAACCGCCAGUAGGUGAACGGUCGCCUCAUAGAGGUGGUGAGUCUGUUGCUUUGAAGCUACUUGAUGCUUUUAUUGCCCAGAAGAAACGAGUCGCCAAGUUUGAAAAGCCGAAGACAUCUCCAGCUGCAUUUUAUCCUAAUGCUGACACGACAGUUUUGAGCCCACAUCUCAAGUUUGGAAGCCUGUCGUGUCGCCUAUUCAGAACCAAAAUCCUCCAAGUAUACCGCGAAGAAAAGUCCCACAGCCAGCCUCCAACGUCACUCUUGGGACAGCUACUAUGGCGUGAAUUCUACUAUGCCGUCGCAGCCUUAACACCGAAUUACUCAACCAUGGCCAAUAACAAGGCUUGUCUAUAUAUCCCCUGGCGAGACACUAGCAAGGAUGCAACAGCAGCUGCUCACUUGAAAGCAUGGUCUGAAGGAAAGACAGGCUUUCCAUGGAUUGAUGCCAUUAUGAGACAACUAGCCAAGGAAGGAUGGAUUCAUCAUUUAGCAAGGCAUUCAGUUGCCUGCUUUUUGACUCGUGGUGAUUUAUGGAUUUCGUGGGAGCGUGGUGUUGAGGUUUUUGAUGAGCUGUUGCUAGAUAGUGAUCCAAGUCUGAAUAUUGGAAAUUGGUUGUGGCUGUCUGCAUCUCAAUUCUUCCACACAUACUACCGCGUUUACUCACCAAUCGCAUUCGGCAAACAAUACGACAAGGAAGGCAUCUUCAUCAAACGAUACGUCCCAGAACUAUCCAAGAUGCCUGAAAAAUACAUCUUUACACCGUGGCUAGCACCAAUCGACGUCCAGCGUAAAGCUGGUUGUAUAAUCGGAGUCGAUUACCCGAAACCAAUUGUAGAGCACGAUGUAGCUAGUAAAGCAAACAUGGCUAAAAUGAAGGAGGCCUAUGCCAAAAAGAUUUAUGGCUGGACGGGGAAUGAGGUUCAUGUUGCUAGUAAUCCGGCUAUGGGAGUAGAGAGUAAAGAAGGUGGUAAUGAUGGUGGUGAUAGUAGUGAAGAGUCGCCUGAUGAUGGUGAACGUGAUGGUGCGGAAGGAUCGGAUGAUGAGUUUGAUCCGGUGGUUAGGAAGCGUAGGAGGCAUAUGAGUGCAGUGUCUGAACAACGUGCUGCCAAACGUCCGAGAAAAACAAAGUAA